AAACACAGCUUUUAGGCCCUUAAGCCCGUUAGUUUUGGGGAGUUUUCCAAAUUCCAAUAGUCUCCAUAAAUCCCAAUUCCGAAACUUUAUCUCUCUGCUUCAGCAAUCACUCUUCAAUUCUAAGAUUGAUUAAACUAGAAGUUGUUGAAAUAUUUACAAGGAAGAAAUAUGAGUUCGCGGUUUUGGGAUCAGGGUAACAGUGAUACUGAGGAUGAGGAGGAGAGUAAUUAUGAUGAGGAAGAGGAGGUUGAUGCAGAUGAAACUGGUGGAAGUAAGUAUUAUGUUGAUAAUAAUAAUGACAGUGAGGAUUCAGAUGACCAUAAGCGAGUAGUUGUUUCUACUAAGGAUAAGCGCUUCCAGGAGAUGUCUGCUACUGUUGAGCAGAUGAAGAAUGCCAUUAAGAUCAAUGACUGGGUGAGCCUACAAGAGAGCUUUGAUAAGAUUAAUAAACAACUCGAAAAAGUUAUGCGUGUUGUGGAGACGGGUAUUGUUCCCAACGUCUAUAUAAAGGCCCUUGUACUGUUGGAGGAUUUUCUGAAUGAAACUUUGUCAAAUAAGGAGGCUAAGAAAAAGAUGAGCACCAGCAAUGCAAAAGCAUUAAAUAAAAUGAAGCAGAAUCUGAAGAAGAACAACAAGCAAUAUGAAGAUCUGAUUAACAAAUUCAGGGAAAAUCCUGAGUCUGAAGAUGAAAGGGAUGAAGAGGAUGAGGCGGACGAUGUAUCAGAAUUUUCUGACGAACCUGAGUCAGAAACUGAAGAGACUGAUAAGGAGGAUGACACCAGGGAGGAUGAUGUUGAGGAUGAGGAUGGCGAUUGGCAGAAGCCAGGGAAGAACAAUAAGCUUAUAGAUUCCAAGUUACUGAAAAAUCCAAAUGAGAUCACGUGGGAUACAGUGAACAAGAAAGUCAAAGAAAUUGUUGCUGGACGUGGUAGGAAGGGAACUGUGAAAAUUGAGCUAGUUGAGCGGCUCACCUUCUUGACUAGGGUUGCAAAGACACCAGCUCAGAAGCUGGAGAUCCUUUUCAGUGUUGUUUCUGCCCAAUUUGAUAUUAAUCCUAGUCUCAGUGGUCAUUUGCCAAUAAAUGUGUGGAAGAAAUGCGUGCAGAAUAUGUUUGUUAUACUUGAUAUUCUCACUCAGUAUCCUAACAUAUUGGUGGAUGAUUCAGUAGAACCUGAAGAAAACGAAACCCAGAAGGGUCCAGACCAUAAGGGUACCAUCCGAGUAUGGGGAAACUUGGUAGCCUUCCUUGAGAGAAUAGAUAUUGAGUUCUUCAAGAGCUUGCAAGUUAUAGAUCCUUAUACACGUGAAUUUGUUGAAAGACUCAGAGAUGAGCCUUUAUUUUUGGUCCUGGCACAAAACGUCCAAGAGUACUUGGAGAAAAGUGGUAAUCUGAAGGCAGCUGCGAAAGUAGCCCUGAGACGUGCUGAGUUUGUGUACUAUAAGCCUCAAGAAGUUUAUGAGGCAAUGAGGAAAUUGGCUGAACAAUCAGAAGAAGAAAAUGAUGAAGCAGUAGGUGAGGAAUCCAAGGGGGCUGAUCUAGGUAGGGGCCCCCCUUUGUUUGUAGUUACUCCUGAGCUUGUGCCACGGAAAUCUACAUUUCCAGAGCGCAGUAGGGCCUUGAUGGAUAGCUUAGUUUCUCUCAUUUAUCAAUUUGGAGAUGAGCGAACAAAGGCCCGUGCAAUGCUUUGCAAUAUAUACCACCAUGCUCUUAUGGAUGAAUUUUCAGUUGCUCGUGAUUUGUUGCUUAUGAGUCAUUUGCAAGACACAAUUCAACACAUGGAUAUUUCAACCCAGAUAUUGUUCAAUAGAGCUAUGGCUCAGCUCGGUCUAUGUGCUUUUAGGAGUGGUCUGAUUGCAGAAGGACAUGGUUGCCUUUCUGAAAUAUAUUCCACUGGUAGAGUGAGAGAAUUGCUUGCACAAGGUUUCUCUCAAAGCCGUUACCAUGAGAAAACCCCUGAACAGGAGAUGAGAGAAAAAAGACAGCAGAUGCCAUACCACAUGCACAUCAAUUUGGAACUCUUGGAGGCAGUUCAUUUGACUUGUGCCAUGCUGUUGGAGGUCCCUUACAUGGCUGCCAACACCUUUGAGUCACAGCGCAGGAUUAUAAGCAAGACUUUCCGGAGAUUGCUCGAUGCUAGUGAGAGACAAACAUUGCGGGGCCCACCUGAAAAUGUCCGGGAUCAUGCUAUGGCUGCUACUAGAGGCCUCACUCAAGGAGACUUUCAAAAGGCCUUUGAUGUCAUCACAUCUCUGGAUGUGUGGAAGCUCCUGAAAAACAAAGAGAGUGUCUUUGAGAUGCUGAAAUCCAAGAUCAAAGAAGCAGCCCUAAAGACUUACCUAUUUACUCAUGCUGUUUCUUACAGUUCUCUGAGCCUUGACCAGCUGUCUAAGAUGUUUGAACUGUCAGAGCCUCAGAUACACAGCGUUGUGAGCAAGAUGAUGGUUAAUGAGGAGUUGCGUGCUUCAUGGGACCAGCCUACGCGGUGCAUCAUCUUCCAUGAGGUUGAGCACACUAGAUUGCAGGCUCUUGCUUUCCAACUGACUGAGAAGCUAAAUUACUUCGCAGAAAAUAAUGAGCGAGCUAUGGAGGCCAAGCUGGGUGGUGGUACUUUGGAUGGUUUGCCUCCCAGGAGAAGAGAUGGACCAGAUUAUUCUGCAGUUGCCUCUUCUGGUGGUGGUAGGUGGCAUGACAACUCGUACCAGCAAGGAAGACCUGGUGGGCGUUCAGGAUAUGGAGGAAAGACGAUGAAUCCAGGACAGUUUUCUGCAGGUGGAUAUUCAAAAGAUCAUGGUGGUCAUGCAAGAGGGGCAGGCUCUUAUGGGCGUGCAUCCAUGCGAGGACAACACACUGAUUCUUCAGCCCGUAUGGUCAGCCUUAAUCGCGGAGUUCGUUAAUUUGUUUUGAUCAUCUGAAAAAUUUUGCCCCAAGGUUCUAAAACUAAAUAGUCUAAAUUGUUUCCGUCUUAUCAUUAUUCUUUUAUUUCUUGGUAGAAGUUCUGGUUUCAAUUAAACUAACUGAACUGAUUAGUUGUAAGCUUCUAACUUUCGUAAGCUUUUUUUUUUACCAGUUUUUGUGUUUUGAAGCGCAGGAAGCUCCUAUUUUAUUCUACCUUUAGUUUCUGAAAAUUGUCAUUGUUCUGUGCUAAAUUUAACUGAAAUUUUCAGAGCU